UCACAGUUCUACAACUUGUUCUACAAACGUUUGAAACUCUUAAAAUAUUGUAAUAACGGUGAAUAUAGUUUUCAAGAUGAAAGUUACUUUUAUUUGGCUGGUCGCUAUUUUGGCAAUAGUCUCAGGUGAACCUGGGAUUCAUAAUAAGGAUGGCCAUCAGCCCGCUCCAUACAUAAAUCGUCCUAAACCUCCAUCGAAUCCUCCACGCUACAGUCGCUCAGCUGAUCCCCAAGGAUCCAUUGUCUUUCAACACACAAAACCUUUGGGAGGCCCGGAACGUCGUCCAAGUUGGAAUUUAGACUACCAGCAUAACAUCUAUGAAGGUAAAAAUGGCCAAGUAAGCGCUUCAGGUGGCGCACAAAAGCUUCCUGGAAGAAAUGUUGAACCUCACAUUGGUAUUCAAGGAACGUGGAGAUUCCGUCGUUCACCUGAACCCCAAGGAUCUAUAGUCUUUCAACACACAAAACCUUUGGGAGGCCCGGAACGUCGUCCAAGUUGGAAUUUAGAUUACCAGCAUAACAUCUAUGAAGGCAAAAAUGGCCAAAUCAGCGCUUCAGGAGGGGCACAAAAGCUUCCUGGAAGAAAUGUUGAACCUCACGUUGGUAUCCAGGGAACCUGGAGAUUCCGUCGUUCACCUGAACCUCAAGGAUCUAUCGUCUUUCAACACACAAAACCUUUGGGAGGCCCGGAACGUCGUCCAAGUUGGAAUUUAGAUUACCAGCAUAACAUCUAUGAAGGCAAAAAUGGCCAAAUCAGCGCUUCAGGAGGGGCACAAAAGCUUCCUGGAAGAAAUGUUGAACCUCACGUUGGUAUCCAGGGAACCUGGAGAUUCCGUCGUUCACCUGAACCUCAAGGAUCUAUCGUCUUUCAACACACAAAACCUUUGGGAGGCCCGGAACGUCGUCCAAGUUGGAAUUUAGAUUACCAGCAUAACAUCUAUGAAGGCAAAAAUGGCCAAAUCAGCGCUUCAGGAGGGGCACAAAAGCUUCCUGGAAGAAAUGUUGAACCUCACGUUGGUAUCCAGGGAACCUGGAGAUUCCGUCGUUCACCUGAACCUCAAGGAUCCAUUGUCUUCCAACACACAAAGCCUUUCGGAGGCCCGGAACGUCGUCCAAGUUGGAAUUUAGAUUACCAACAUAACAUCUAUGAAGGCAAAAAUGGCCAAGUAAGCGCUUCAGGAGGUGCACAAAAGCUUCCUGGAAGAAAUGUUGAACCUCACGUUGGUAUCCAAGGAACGUGGAGAUUCCGUCGUUCUCCAGAACCUCAAGGAUCUAUCGUCUUUCAACACACAAAGCCUCUAGAUGGACCAGAGCGUCGUCCAAGUUGGAAUUUAGAUUACCAACAUAACAUCUAUGAAGGUAAAAAUGGCCAAAUCAGCGCUUCAGGAGGUGCACAAAAGCUUCCUGGAAGAAAUGUUGAACCUCACGUUGGUAUCCAAGGAACCUGGAGAUUCCGUCGUUCACCUGAACCUCAAGGAUCGAUUGUCUUUCAACACACAAAACCUUUCGGAGGCCCGGAACGUCGUCCAAGUUGGAAUUUAGACUACCAGCAUAACAUCUAUGAAGGUAAAAAUGGCCAAAUCAGCGCUUCAGGAGGGGCACAAAAGCUUCCUGGAAGAAAUGUUGAACCUCACAUUGGUAUCCAAGGUACUUGGAGAUUCUAAUAUGAAACGAAUACUCACUAAAAAUACGAAUUUAUCAAACAUUGUAUAUAAAUUCUCAGUGCUUACUACGUACCUGUCAUGUUCUUACAUUAAAAUAAACCGUACAUAACUAUUAACUAAAAAAUCCAGUUUUUCAUUUCCACUUCAUAAACCCAUAUUCUUUGUCUUUUUUUGUUCUAACGAUGAAUCAUAUUAUAAUUGCAAUUCUUUGUUAUUAUUAUUUAUAAUUUUUAAUUAAUCGAUGAAUUAUUUCCUUACACAAAUUCCCAAAAAAUACAGAGAAAUAUAUGAGAAUUCAAACAUU